AGACCUCUGAUACCCUUGGGUCAUCCUCAUUCCACGAGCGAGGAUAUUAAUUACGAAGGGUAUCGAAUCCCCAAGGGCGCCGGACUACAUCUCAAUGCAUUCGCAGUUGGGCACCAAGAGAAACGAAACCACAACCCAGAGAUGUUUAACGUUAUGGGGAGGAUACAACCACAUCCGUCCAGAGCAUGA